AUGAAUCCCACCUUCAACGGCCAAGCACAAUGGCUCCUCAAUGCGCUCUUGACUCACCUCCACCUACAGCGUCCUCAGCCACAAGGCCCGCCCGCGCAUUUGGCCAUGAACUUCCCACAGAUGGUGCCGUUACAACCAGUGGGGCUGCCAAACGCUCUGCCGCCGUGGAUACAGCAGGCCGCGCUGCAGCAAUGGUUCCAGCAGCAGCUCCAGGCGAUGGGGCUGAUACCGCAGCAAUACCAGCCGCCGAUUGCGGGUCCCGUCCAAGGACAGCUGCUCCAGGACAUACUGGACGCAAUCCAGAUGCAACUCGGGGAUUUGAAGAACGUCAAGAAGGAGGAAACGGGAGACCUCGACCCCGCAGAUUUGCAGGCCAUUGUUCAUGCAAUCAAGAAAAGGUGGCAGGAUGGCUCAGUGGCUAGGCUUCAAAUCUUCGACGAAUUGAGCAUAGGCAGUGAUCGCACGGCAAUAGAUUGGAUGAGGAUGUUCAUAGCCAACAUGGACAAAGUUUUCGCUCAAGUGGACGCAGACACUUCCUCAGGUCCUACGAACGACGUUGCUCCUGCAACAUCUGCUGGUGGAUCGUUAGUCUCGGAUGUACGCGAAAGCCAGGGAGAUAUUACUCGGCAUAACAUCGUUACGCGCUCGAAAACUGGCUUUAGCACUCCCAAGCGAGCGGCACAUCAAUCUUUGCGUUACGAACUCCUUCCUGUCCGGAGCCUUCCCUCUGCUGAGACGUCCAAGAAGGAAGGACAAGAGCCGAUCUUUCACGACGUCACGUUCAUCCCCCCUUCGGAUGGUUCCGAGAAACCGCGUCUGCCACGGCUCCGCUCCUCAGCUGCCGACCCGAAUGAAAAGUUUACAGACGACGAGAAGGUCUUCUUCGUUCACUGGCUACGUUGGCGCCUACGCCAGGGGCCGUUGCCGGACAAGGACGAGCUCUUCGAGGAACUCCAAACAGAGUUACCGCAUCGCACCGCUAGCAUGUGGAAGAGCCAUUGGGAGGAUCAUCCCGAGCUUCCCAAUCAGAUAUAUCUUGCAGCCAAAGAGCGGGCCGAGAAAGAAGAAAAUUGGGGGAUUUUCCCGACAAAAGCCGCCGCGCUUAACGAACCCUUGUUUUUGGAAUCAGAGUCGGAGGACGACGGGGACGAUGGACGCUCCGACCCCAGCUACUCUGACCGUAACGGGCCGAUCCCUACGCUCUCGCCGCUGCCUCGUGCCAGAAAGAGCAAACACAAUGUCUCGGACGCCGAGCUCCGUGCCAUGGCCCUGUACAAGUUCGAGCAUGCCGCGAAGUGGGAGAACAAUACCCGCAAGUAUCCUCUCUGGCGCGACUUUGCUAACAGUCCCGAGAACAUCCACAAAAGAACAUCAGAAGAGUGGAGGGGCAUCGCAAUGAACAGGAAGUACGCGAACAUCAUCAGACGCUACGUAGAAGAGCAUCGCGCCCAUGCCAACGUCGCGAAGGAUGUCAAGACGAUGUCAGCGAACAAGGACACGGUGACCCACUCCGCGCUACCUGCCAGUAGUAGAUCAGCGGCGUCUCCUGUAGGACCGGCGACGCAGCUUGAGGGUGGAAAGCGCGCAAAGCGUCCUGCUGACUUGGGCGGGACAAGUAAAGACUGGACUGAGGAAGAUCAACUCUCAGCCAAAAGGAUGAAGAUGGGCUUGGCUCCGAAGAAAAAACGGGUGGUCUGGAUCGAUUUGACUGACGAUGCAGACUAG